UAUAAAUGUGUCCCAACGUCCUAGAGUGAACCCUCCAGUUCGUAAAAAGAGGAGAGGUAAAUCACACAGAGAACCAUCAGCAAUGGCGAAGAUUUCUAGUAGCACCGUUGUUCUCCUGGUGUUUCUCGUCUCGUCGUGGGGGGCAUUGCCGGUGCUGUCCCGUGGAGGCCUGGAGGAUGGAGGAGGCGGGCCAAACGGUGGUAUCGGUGCUAAUGUUGGGCUUCAAAAGUCUGUCGGUGCUAAUAUUGGUGUUGGUGCGAAUGGAGGCGCUGGUGCUGGUGCUGGUGCUGGCAUUGGAGCAAAUGUAGGUGUUGGAGCAAAUGUAGGUGCCAAUGCUGGUCUUGGUGCCGGUGCAAAUGGAAAUGGUGGUGCUGGUCUUGGUGUCGGUGCACAUAAAUCUAUUGGUGCUAAUGUUGGUGUUGGUGCGAAUGGAGGCGCUGGUGCUGGUGCUGGUGCUGGCAUUGGAGCAAAUGUAGGUGUUGGAGCAAAUGUAGGUGCCAAUGCUGGUCUUGGUGCCGGUGCAAAUGGAAAUGGUGGUGCUGGUCUUGGUGUCGGUGCACAUAAAUCUAUUGGUGCUAAUGUUGGUGUUGGUGCGAAUGGAGGCGCUGGUGCUGGUGUUGGUGCUGGCCUUGGAGCAAACGUAGGUAUUGGAGCAAAUGUAGGUGCCAAUGCUGGUCUUGGUGGCGGUGCUGGUGCUGGUGCUGGUGCUGGUGCGAAUGGGGGCGCUAACAUUGGAGCUGGCAUUGGAGCAAAUGUAGGUGCCAAUGCCGGUCUUGGUGUCGGUGCACAUAAAGGUAUUGGUGCUGGUGCUGGUCUUGGAGCAAAUGUAGGUAUUGGAGCAAAUGUAGGUGCCAAUGCUGGUCUUGGUGGCGGUGCAAACGGUGGUGCUGGUGUUGGUGCGAAUGGAGGCGCUAACGUUGGAGUUGGCAUUGGAGCAAAUGUAGGUGCCAAUGCCGGUCUUGGUGUCGGUGCACAUAAAGGUAUUGGUGUUGGUGGUGGUGUUGGCAAAUGAAGGAAGCCGAAAACAAAUAAGUCAACUAAAGGUGGUGUCGAUUCUAGCUACGAAGAGAAGGAAACCGAAGCAAGUCAAUCAACUAAAGAUGAGACGGGUUUUGACUACAUUUCAAAGAACAAGGAACUUUAGAGAGCCAUUACAGGAUUUAGCAUGAUAUGCUUACAAUAUUUACUCAUUAUCAUUUUUUUACUAUGUUAUAUUUUUCCCAAGAUUCUACAUUAUAUAUACUAGCAAAGCGUCAUGCUGAGUCAUGCCUCACAUUGGAGGGUGCAAAUAUCCUACCAAUUAGAAAUAUGUCCUAGAGACGAGAUUAUAUAAUGUUGUAUGCAUGAGUUAUGAAAUGUUCCUUCAAUAAUAUUUUUAUAUUGACGGGCAA